UGUAUCAAAGACAAGCGUUUAGAAUGGAUCGCCUUUCCAUUCUCCUCUUGCUUCUGGGAAUCUCUCGGAGUCAGGCCCUUUUCUGUGGCGGGUCUAUGGCGAAGGAGUGCGUACAGCGAAACCGUUGCCGUAUUGGUACCGAAACGGGAAGGCCAAUCAUACAGUUUAGAGGACUAAUUAACGGCAAUGACGGAUGUGAAUCUGGGCAGACCUGCUGCCCGAAAACGGAAAUAUUACAAUUUCCAGUACAGGUCGACAAUCAACCGCUACCUGCCGACUGUGGCCAUGCGAACCAUCAGGGAUUGGGAUUCACAAUAACUAGCCCGAAGGACAUGGCACAGGACGGCGAACUGCCAUGGAUGGUGGCUCUGCUUGAUUCCAGAAGCCGUCUACCGAUAGGCGGUGGCUCCCUAAUUAAGCGGGAUGUGGUGCUUACAUCUUCCACGAAGACCUACGAAGUUCCUGAGACCUACCUUAUGGUGAGGGCUGGAGAAUGGGACUUUAAUAGCGACAGCGAGCAGAGAGCACAUGAGGAUGUUGCUAUCAGGAAGAUCGUACGACAUGCCAAUCUCGGUGUCGAGAUUGGUGCCAAUAAUGCGGCCCUUUUGUUCCUCGCUAGACCGCUAAAACUAGACCACCACAUAAAUCUCAUUUGUUUGCCGCCGCCGAAUUGGAAAUUUAUCCAUAACCGCUGCAUCGUCAGUGGCUGGGGCAAAAAAACAGCCUUGGACAACAGUUACAUGAAUGCCCUGAAAAAGAUCGAUUUGCCAUUGGUGGACAGAUCUGUGUGUCAAACGCAACUGCAAGGACCCUACGGCAAAGACUUCAUUCUCGAUAACAGCCUGAUAUGUGCCGGCGGGGAACCUGGCAAGGAUUCGUGCAAAGGCGAUGGAGGUGGCCCACUUGCCUGCCCACUGCAAAGCGAUCCCAACCGGUACGAACUUGUGGGAAUCGUAAACUUUGGAUUCGGAUGUGGAGAGCCACUUCCUGCUGCCUACACUGAUGUUUCCCAAAUUCGACCCUGGAUUGAUUAUAAUAUCCAAGCGAAUGCAGUACACUAUUCUCCCCCGUUCGGAAAUGUAGGCCAAUCACUUGUUCAUGUUGAUUUAAAUGGAAUCCAAAAUGGUGCCAAUGGACUUCAAGGACCUCUUCAAAUCGGAGGAAAUAUUCCAAAUGUAGGCCAAGGAAUCAAUGGCAAUAGAUAUGAUCCAAAUACGGAAAUCGGAGCAGUUUCAGUCGGAAAACCUAUUCCGAAUGAAGGCAAUCCAUCUGGCGGUCUUGGAUAUGAUUUAAAUGGAAUCGAAAAACAUAAUCAAUUUCCACCGGUACUUCAAGGAAAUGGUGCCAAUGGACAUCAAGGACCUCUUCAAAUCGGAGGAAAUAUUCCAAAUGUAGGCCAAGGAAACAGUGGCAAUAGAUAUGUUCCAGUCGGAAAACCUAUUCCGAAUGAAGGCAAUGUAUUUGGCGGUCUUGGAUAUGAUUUAUAUGGAAUCCAAAAACCGAAUCAAGCUGGAGAAUUCAUUCCACAUGUAGGCCAAGAAAAUCAUGCCAAUGGACUUCAAGGACCUCUUCAAAUCGGAGGAAAUAUUCCAAAUAUAGGCCAAGGAAACAGUGGCAAUAGAUAUGAUCCAAAUCCUAAAAUCGGACCGCCCACAUUUGGUGCAACCGGUGCUGGAAUGCAAGGAAAUAAUAUCGAUAAUCAGUAUAAUUACAAUCUUGGCGACAGAGCAGAAAAUAAAUUGGGAGCGUUUCCUCUUGAAAAUCCCAAUAAGGAUAAAGUUAUUAGCCCUAGUGAUUUUGCAUCCACAACGACCACUCCGAGUGCACCUAUAAAAUUGGUAAUAGAAAAGUACUAACAUAGUUUUAUAAUUUUAUCAUAGAGCUAAUAAUCUAUUAACAUGUAAUAAAAAUAUAACACUAAAGCAUUAA